AUGGCAAGCUCACGUUCGCGGUCUCCCCGCCCGGAAAAUCGGAGACGAAGCAGAUCCCCUGAUCGCCCUCGAGAUUCGCGCCCAAAGAAUUCAGGCGGAUUUCGCUGGAAGGACAAGAAACCGCGGGAUGAUGGAUACCGAGACGACAGGCAACGCGAUGGAGAUCGCAAGCUGGAAAGAGGAUAUCGAGAUCAAGGUCGCCCGCGAUCUCCUGAUCGUAAUCGAGGCAGAUACGACGAUCGAAACAGAGAAGAUGACCGAGACAGAAAGCGUGCGCACGAUGAGAUAGCUACCAAGGGCGACAGCAAGGCGGAUCGCAAGCCCAAGACCAAGGAAAAGAGAGAAAAGAAACCCCCGGUGCCCCAGUCGAAUGAAGAAAUGAUCAUUGUGCAUGUCAAUGAUCGCUUGGGGACCAAGGCCGCCAUUCCUUGUCUCGCUUCAGACCCGAUAAGUCCGCAUCCCCGCGCAACCCCUGUCUGGACGAUAUCCCAGGCUAAUCAGUCUACAACAGAGCUAUUCAAGGCCCAGGUGGCGGCUAGAAUUGGUCGUGAGCCACACGAGAUCCUGCUUAAACGCCAGGGCGAACGGCCUUUCAAGGACCAGUUGACGCUCCAGGACUACGGUGUCUCCAACGGUGUACAAAUCGACUUGGAAGUCGACACGGGCGACUGA